GCGCACCAGCCGUCUCUCCAGUCUUGCCGAAAACGCUUUGCGAGCGUUGGAGCAGCUUGAAUCAUGUCCGAGAUGUCCGAGCUGUCCGAACUGUAUGAGGAGAGUAAUGACCUGCAGAUGGACGUGAUGCCUGGCGAGAGUGACCCUCCGCAGAUGGAGGUAGGCAGCGGGAACCGGGAGCCGUCCCCGAGCCCCUCCCGCCCCGGGGCCCCGCCACAGCUGGAGGAGGAAGGCCCAAUGGAGGAGGAGGAGGCCCAGCCGAUGGCGGAGACAGGAGGCCUUGCUGACGGGCGCAGCCGUGGGGAGCGGCCCGGCCAGGCCGCGGCCCCGGACUUGGAGAGCGAGGACGAGGGCGAGGAAUUCGAUGACUGGGAGGACGACUACGACUAUCCGGAGGAGGAGCAGCUCAGUGGUGCAGGCUACAGAGUGUCGGCGGCCCUUGAAGAAGCCAACAAGAUGUUUCUGAGAACAUCGAGAGCCAGAGAAGCAGCCCUGGAUGGUGGGUUUCAGAUGCAUUAUGAGAAGACCCCGUUUGAUCAGUUAGCGUUUAUCGAAGAGCUUUUUUCGCUUAUGGUUGUCAAUCGUCUGACCGAAGAACUCGGCUGUGAUGAGAUUAUUGAUAGAGAGUAGGUAAAUGCUAUUAAAAGAGGAGGAAACUACUUGAGGAGAUACCCAACAUCCCAUUAUUUUUUGGAUUAAUUCGAAAUAGUUCUGUCCAAUGCAAAACUUGAUCUUCAAGAAAAUUGUGUGUGUUUCGUAGAAUAGAAGAGAAUAGGACAAUGACUGCACAGUUGUGAAAAAGGAAGAAUCGUUAAGAAAGAGAAAGGAUCUUAGGACUGUUGAAACCUGAAACACCCAUGCCUUUGACUUUGUUAUUGAUCCAGAUUAUUUUCCUUGCAUUGGGGAAAAUAUCUUUCAUAUCAGCUUCACUGUAAGGGAUGGUUUUGCAAGAACAAAGCAUGACCAAGACAAACUGCCAAUGAAAAGAUCCCACUGAUAGCAACUAUAUGAUGAGAAAAAACAGCCGAAAUGUCCAACUUAGGACACAGGAUGUCUUUGAAUUAUUUGGACUGGAAGCCUAUUGAGAAAACUUUGAAAAUUCUGAUUUUGUGAUCUAUUCAAGCCAUGGUUAUCAAAGGCUAAAUUACUAGUAUAACAUAAAUUGAGUUUCUUUAGUAUCUCAAAAAGAUGAGCAAGCCCCAAAAGAAGUAUAUAUCACAUAUGCUAUAUCUUUAAAUGUGUUUCCAAGAGCACCUAAAUUCUGUUUAUACAUGUAUCUUGAUCAUUUAUAAAGCUAGGAUGAUCUAUAUUCAAGAAAAUCCAUGUCGUGACCAUUUAAAAAGUAAAAAAUUAAGACCUCCUUAAUUAAAAAUUUUAAGCAUUAAUAUGUGAAAGUACAAAGAAAAUUUAUAACACUCUUAUGCACAGGGAAAAUUUCUGUUUUGCUCCUCUCUUUUUCACUUAAUUUAAGAGGCAAAAGACUUAGUUGAACUUCAUAUUAUAAGAACUGUUUGUGAAAAUUGUCAUGUAAAAGGGAAGUUGUACAUCUAAAAAAGACUGAACAAUUAUGUUAUCAACGUUUUAAACGUUUUAAACCUGCCCAGAAAUCCCUUUCAGUAUCUGACAUUUCCCUCUCUCUCUCCUCCUCUAAGCUUGUUAUUUGUUAUGCACCAGCGUUCCAGAUAAUAAAAUUUCUUGUUCUGUGUA